AUGUACACUUCUGUAUUUCCGCCUCAAGCUCCGAUCGGUUUCCUCCCGGGAUUGCUCAGUAAGUCUCUCUCCGCCGGCGUUUCUGUAUCGAGAUUGACACGGCCGGUGGUGGCAUACAGGGCCGAUAGGCGCCUUCCAUCGGGGAAAUCUGAUAUGGGGCCCAAGAAGCGGAACAUCGCUCCUCGCUCCAAGCCGUCGCAGCCGCCACCCAUAGCGGGGGCGGCUUCGGAGGAUGCGGCCACCGCCGCCGACGGUGGCGCUUCCAACCCUGACCAAACCCCAAACCCUUCCUCCGCCAGAAAACCCGCAAAAUCGGAUGCAGGUGAUUCGGAUGGCUACACAUACAGCAACGGAAGCCCUUCCUCUGCAUAUGCUGCGGUGAAGACUGAAUGCGAGCGUGCGCUGAAUGCUAUGCGAAAGGGGAACCACACAAAAGCCCUGAGACUGAUGAAGGAUUUGUGCUCAAAGCAUGAUAAUUCGCCUCACCUGGCUCUGAUUCACCGUGUCCAGGGCACCGUAUGCGUGAAGAUGGCCUCGAUAAUCGAUGACCCCAAUGCGAAACAGAGACAUUUGCGGAAUGCUGUGGAGAGUGCCCGUAAGGCUGCCAGCCUGUCCCCAAAUUCCAUUGAGUUUGCACACUUUUAUGCCAAUCUCUUGUAUGAAGCUGCGAACGAGGGGAAGGAGUAUGAGGAGGUGGUGCAGGAGUGUGAGAGGGCUUUGGCGAUCGAGAACCCUGUGGACCCUGCCAAGGAGAGCUUGCAAGAGGAGAAUCAGCAGAAGAUCUCAACAGCCGAAGCUCGAGUGGCCCACGUUCAGAGUGAGCUCAGGUCGUUGAUUCAGAAGUCGAAUAUCGCCUCCCUCUCGACUUGGAUGAAGAAUCUGGGCAAUGGGGAAGAGAAGUUCCGGUUGAUUCCUAUCAGGAGAGUCCCUGAGGACCCGAUGGAGUUGAGAUUAGUUCAGACGAGGAGGCCGAACGAGAUUAAGAAAGUGGCCAAGACGCCCGAGGAGCGGAGGAAGGAAAUUGAGGUUAGGGUGGCUGCUGCUCGUCUUCUACAGCAGAAAUCGGAGUCCCCUCAUUUGGCGAAUGAUGAGGAUAGUGGUAAUAGCAAUACCAAAGGGCCAGAUUCUGGCACGGGGUCGGGCCAGAGAUCUGGAGAAAGAAGGAAGUAUGGGAAUGCAAGGAAAAACGCAUCAUCGGAUGAGAGGAAGGAUUGGGUUCGGUCGUAUUGGAACUCUGUGGGUGCAGACGUGAAGAAAGAUUUGCUCAAAAUUAGUAUAUCGGAUCUGAAAAGUCAUUUUAGUUCAUUGAAGGAUGGAUUGUCAACUAGUGGGGUUCUUUGCGAGGCUUUAUCUUUUGGGGAGACGCACAAAGUGUGGAAAUUUUGGUUGUGCUGUCGUUGCAAUGAGAAAUUUGCUGAUGCUACUUCAUUCAUGCAUCACGUUGGGCAGGAACAUAUGGGCAGCUUGCUGCCCAAAAUGCAGUCCAUUCUGCCCCAAAGCGUGGAGAGUGAAUGGGCUGAGAUGCUUCUAAACUGUUCUUGGAGACCUCUAGACCUGAAUGAAGCAAUUAAGUUGGUUGGGAGAAGGCAGAAAUCAUUUGAAUCCGAUUUCCUCGAGGAAUCCAGAAACGGCAUGGACGAUUCAAAAGAUUGCUUUCUUGACUCUUAUUGCAAUGAAUAUGAAUGGGAAUUAUCACCUAAGAAGAACCAACAGGUUGAUAAUUUUGGCAGUAGUGCCCAGAACAGCAGGGAGUUUGAAGGGGCCGAGUGGAUGGACUGUGAUAGAAAUCUCAGCAGUAAAGAAAAUUUAUUAAAUGGAAAUUGGCCUUUAUCUGAUGACCCUGAGCGUGCUAAGCUUCUAGACAGAAUCCAUGGUGUUUUCCAGACACUUAUUAAAAACAAAUAUUUGGCGGCAAGUCACCUUAGCAAGGUUAUACAUUUUGCAGUGGAGGAGCUGCAGAGUCUUGCAUGUGGUUCACAACUGCUCAACUCCAAACUGGAAGAAUCACCUACCUGCAUCUGUUUCUUGGGUGCCACAGAGCUUAAGAAAAUCCUGAACUUUUUACAGGAAAUAUCUAAUGCUUGUGGAUUAAAUAGAUAUCAUGAUAAAAGUAAUUCUGGAGCUGAUUCAAAUACCAGGGCACACGGUAUUGACUUCUUGGAGAAGAUAGUUUUUAGUCAAGAUGAUUCAUGUUUGGUCCUUGAUGAGCAUUUUCUCCCCUGCAAGGCCCCUCUAUCUUUUGACGACACCAUUACUUCGUACAGUGCGGCAACUUCGUCUGAUUUGCUCUAUGAGAAUGGUGUUAUACUUGAUUCGGAUGCAUUAUUGUCUUGGAUAUUUAAGGGCCUCUCGAGUGGUGAGCAAUUAACAUCCUGGAUGAGGAAGAAAGAGGAGAAAGCUCAGCAGGGCUUAGAGAUUCUCCAGUUGCUUGAGAAGGAGUCUUACCAUCUGCAGGGCUUAUGUGAGAGAAAAUGUGAGCACAUGAGUUAUGAGGAGGCAUUGCAGGCUGUGGAGGAUCUCUGUUUGGAAGAGGGAAAGAGACGAGAACUUGCAACAAUUUUGGUCCGUCGCAGUUAUGAUUCUGUGCUCAAAAAAAGACGUGAAGAGCUCAUCGAAAAUGACAAUGAGAUUACCAUUACCAGCAAUAGAUUUGAGUUGGAUGCCAUUACAAAUGUUUUGAAGGAUGCAGAAUCGCUAAAUGCUAAUCAAUUUGGGUUUGAGGAAACAUACAAUGGCGUUACCUCUCAUCUUUGCGACCUAGAAUCUGGUGAGUAUGAUGAUUGGAGAGCAAAAGACUGUAUGCAGCAGGUGGACUCUUGCAUAGAAGUUGCAAUACAGAGGCAGAAAGAGCAAGUUUCUAGUGAGAUAAGCAAAAUGGAUGCAAGAAUCAUGCGGAUACUUGGGGCUAUGCAGCAGUUAGAAGCAGAUCUUGAGCCUGCAUCUUCCCUUGAUUUUAGAACCAUUCUAAUCCCUCUAGUAAAAUCAUUUUUACGGGCACGCAUGGAAGAUCUGGCAGAGAAAGAUGCCAGAGAAAAAUCUGAUGCUGCCAGGGAGGCAUUUUUGGCAGAGCUUGCUCGGGAUUCCAAGAAAGGCAACAGUAGCGGAAUUGAUAAUUCAAAACAUUCUCACGAGAAGACAAAGGAUAAGAAGAAAAACAGGGAGAGCCGGAAAAACAAGGAUGCAAAGGCCACUCAGUCUGACGAGCCACCCAAUCAAACUUCUGAAGAGAUAUUGUUUCCUAGUGGUUAUGACGAGGAGGAUCUGGUUCCAGAAUUUGCUCAUCAUGGGCUUGAUGAUGCUUUACGGCUACAGGAAGAGGAGUACAAACGUAAAAUUGAACUUGAAGCUGAGGAAAGGAAGCUUGAAGAAACUUUGGAAUAUCAAAGACGAAUAGAAAAUGAGGCAAAACAGAAGCAUCUUGCUGAACAACAUAAGAAAAGUUCAAGAGCUGCUGAAGUAAAUACAGAACCAAUUGUGGUGUCUGAUGAACAUUUGCAGCCAUACACUGAUGACAAGUAUGUGAAUGACCAAUCAGCAAACGCGAAGGAUUCUUUGGUCCAGAAGGACGUGUUUAUUGAUGUUUCAGAAGGUCCACUGGAUAGAUCUGCAAAUGGGGCUAUGACACGAAGUGGGGCUGUAUUUUCGGAUCGGCGCAUGGGAAGGAGGGGUAGACGGCAUAAGGGUCUAACAAGUAAAUUAAGUGAUGGGAAAGUUCCUACCGCGACAUCUGAAAAGGAAGAUAGCGAUGCUGGUCAGUUGAGGGUGAUGGGUUUGACAAACCACUUAGGAAGUUUAUUGGGAACAUCAUAUUCUGAAGGACUCCUAAAUUGCAAUGUUUGGGGCAGUAAUUUGUUGCAUAGUCAGAAAUGCCUUCAUAUUCUUUCGGGCUUGGUCCCUUGGACUGCAAUAAGGAUCCACAGUAGUUUGAGUGGAUAUAGUGGAGGAAAAACAUUUAGACAACUCCAGGCUGAGGAGGACGAUGAAGAAAGGUUUCAAGCUGAUCUACAAAAAGCUGUACUGCAAAGUCUUGUGGAAUUCUUAUCCUCCUCUGCUGUUAUAUUACUUGCAUCAGCGCAUGAAGUUAAGAAUGAUGCACCUUAUAGAGUCUCUGCAUUUGUCCCCAUUAAUUCUUAUACACCUUAUUUUUUUCUCGGUUUGGUUAUUGUUCUCACUGCAGCCUCCGUUCUGUUGAAUUGUUUGUAUGAAACUACUGAAUGUGAUACAUUUCAUUCACGUGGAAAAUUGCCUGUAGUAUCAAAUUCAGCAGUUUCACAAAAGGAGCUUCCAGAAACCAGUGACCCUUGUGCUUCACGUGAUGAAGGUGUGACAGAUAAUGGUGUGGAUGAUUAUGGGGCAGGGCUAAAAAAUGAAGUUGGUGAAUAUAAUUGCUUUCUCAAUGUCAUAAUACAGUCCUUGUGGCACCUAAAACGGUUCCGAGAUGAAUUUUUGCAAAGGUCAUCAUCGGAACAUGUUCAUGUUGGCGAUCCUUGUGUUAUUUGUGCUUUGUAUGACAUCUUCAUCGCUCUGGGUAUGAUAUCAAAAGAUAAUAGAAGAGAACCUGUUGCCCCAACCUCUCUUAGAGUUGCUUUAAGCAAUUUGUACCCUGAUAGUAAUUUCUUCCAGGAGGGUCAGAUGAAUGAUGCUUCUGAAGUGCUGGGAGUAAUAUUCAGUUGUCUUCAUCGAUCAUUUACCCCUGCAUCUGUAGUGACUGAUACAAGAUCAGUAGAUAGUAGCUGCACGGGAUCCUGGGACUGCAGAAAUGCUUCUUGCAUUGCACACUCAAUUUUUGGAAUGGAUAUAUUUGAGAGAAUGAACUGUUACAACUGUGGCUUGGAGUCCAGAUACCUGAAAUACACAUCUUUCUUUCAUAAUAUUAAUGCCAGCGCUGUUAUGUGCCCAGAAAGCUCCUUUGACGAGCUUUUGAAUCUGGUUGAGAUGAAUCAUCAAUUAGCUUGUGAUCCUGAGGUUGGCGGUUGUGGGAAGCUCAACUACAUCCACCAUAUUCUCUCCUCCCCACCACAUGUUUUCACAACAGUCUUGGGUUGGCAAAAUACUUGCGAGAAUGUUGAUGAUAUAAUGGAAACACUGGCAGCUUUGUCCACUGAGAUUGAUAUCAGUGUCCUUUAUCGUGGUCUUGAUCCACAGAACAGGCAUCGACUGGUUUCAAUGGUUUGCUAUUAUGGGCAACACUAUCACUGUUUCGCCUACAGUCGCGAUCAUGAACAGUGGAUCAUGUAUGACGACAAAACUGUGAAGGUAAUUGGUGGCUGGAAUGACGUUCUUACAAUGUGUGAAAGAGGGCAUUUGCAACCCCAGGUCCUCUUAUUUGAAGCUGUAAAUUAGUACUUACAGUGGAAAUUCAUGUGCUACUUACCAAGACAUGGCACUGGCCGUACUCAACGUUUUAUCAGACGAUACAAACCAAAACUCCACAUUUACUGGGCUUUUAAGAUUAGCUCUCUGGACAAACUGCAAUGUUAAUACAACAGCCGGAAGUUUACUAUAAAGUGAAUCGAUUUUGUUACAGCGAAGAGGAAAAAUGGGAUCAAAUUAUGUGAAGUAACGAGGAUGAACUUUUUGACAAAAUUAUUGGGAUAUUGUGCUAAUCAAGGUUUGGUGCUCGCGGUACCAAUUAUGAUAUAUAAUUAUAUCUUCUCAUCCAGUUUUGGCCGAAGACAGUAGUAGUAAGAACUUGCUGGUUGAUUAUAUCUAUAUAUGGAUACUUGCAAUGUAGUAUACCAGCUGCAUUUUCUUGUACUUAGGUUCGUAUUCUCUUAUUGUUUAAAAUACCAAGAAAUGUAUAGAUCAGGUGUCAAGCAUCAGAUCCUUUUGUUACCCGUAGGUUACGGGAACUUUGUUAGGAGAAUCUUUUUGUGUAUGUCAAUGUUGGUACAAAAUUGCUGGGCUUAAUUAAUCAUACACAUUAUGAUAGAUUGUUUUGCCUAUUGAUCUAUUGAUUCUCUUUUUGGCAUUGGAAAUGGUUGUUUUUAUGUUUGUUAAUAGACUAUAAUGGUUUCCUUUAGGCCCCAUCUAUUUUUUCUAGUAUGGAGAUUUAGCUCAUUCCCAUACACAUACACUAUGUAAAUCUCAACUUUUUG